AUGGGGCUCCCUGCGGCCCCGCUCGUGCUGCUGCUGCUGCUGCUGCUGCACCCCGUCACCCCCCUGUCCACCGUGUCCACCGUGUCCCCCUGUUCAGCCUUGCUGCUGGACAAUUCCGAGGACCUGGACCUGGACCUGACCAACAGGAGCCGUGGAUGUGCCGAGCUGGACUGGAGCCCGUUCCACCGGCAGCGCCGGCUGGUGCUGAGACACAACGGCAUCGAGUCCCUGAGCCCCUCGGCCCGCCUGGGCCCCAAAACGGAGGAGCUGGACCUGGCGGAGAACCGGCUGCGGGAGCUGCCCGAUGGAUUCUUCACCAACGCCACGGCCCUGCGGAUCCUGCGGCUGGAAGGGAACCCCCUCCCUGCCGUGCCCCCCGCCGCCUUCCAGCCCACGCUGAGCUCCCUGUCCGUGUCCUGCCGCUGUGACCUGCUGGGCACCGUCCUGGCCCCCUGCGCCCGCGACGGGAUCCGGUGCCUCUGUCUCACAUCCCAGCAGCAUCCCUUCAACGUCACGGAAUUCCACGGCCGGGAAUGCGGGUCCCACGUGGGGCUGGUGGCCGGGGUGGCCGGAGCGGCCGCUACGGUGGUGGCCGCGCUGGUGGCCGUGGGCACUGCCGUGGUUUGGUAUCGGAGGAGGAGAGCGAGAGCAGCGGUGGCCGGUUCGGGAAGGGGGAAGCAGGAUCCCGCUGGGAACGUCCGGCAGCCCCGUUACAUCAGCCGGGACACCGGGACCGCCAGCGCCGAUGUCACCGAUGCCCCCGACUAUGAGAACAUCUUCGUGACCCCCGGCACGGCCCCUGCUGCCGCACAGGGAUGGCAGGAGCAGCGCUACAGCCCACAGGUCCUGGUGGAUGAGAAUUAUUUCCUGGAGAGCACGGCCGAUCCCGGGGACCAGCCCAUCUAUGCCAACACUCUGGGCCCCACUGAGGACGUCUACAUCAUUCCUGACCAGUGAGGGGCUGGGGGGACACUGGGAGGGCUGGGGGGAUGCUCUAUAUCCCCCACUGAUGCCCUUUCCCUGGCUGUCCCCCAGCCUAGAGGGGGCAGAGACAUUCCCCACAGCCCUGCAGGGCCACACAUGGUUCCUACACGCACAUCCUGUGGGAACGCCUUCUGAAGGGGGAUUUUAUUUUUUUAACAGCCCCAGUCCCCUCCUUCGCCCCAGUUCUCACCCUGGGGUGAGGGCUGAGCUGACA